UUGAACGGAGAGAGCGAGCGGAGGCAGCGCUUGAAUUAAAAACGAAAAACACGCAAGUUUUCAAACCAUUCGGCGCAGAUCUCUUCACGCGCUUCCCUUUCCAGCCGAGGAAUGCCUUUUUGGAGAGGGGAUUAUUCCUGACCUUAGGCGACCGCAAGCCUGAAACGAAGGUGCCUCGAACGGCCCCUUCUAUUUAUACUUCUCUUUCUCUUUUUUUGGGUGCGCGCCUGUCGGAACACUGGUGUGAAUACAAUACAAUUCCAGGAAUCCAUCACUUCCUGGAAUAGAUUAAUAGGGCGCAAACAAAAGAUUACGGAGUAGUGGUUCUCCCCUUCCGCUCCCCGCAAUCCGCAUUUCUUCAAGAGCCGGCGUCGAGGCGAACGGUGGCUGGGUGUCCGGCUCUGCGCUUCUCCCCGAACUUUUUUUUUCUUUUUACGCGAGGUUAUUUAUUUAUUCAGACAGGUAUUUAUUAUUUUUUAUUCUAGUUUUUAUUCGCGGCGACUUUCCACGCCACCGAGGAGAUUGUUUUUAAAAGCGGGUGAACGUAAUACAUUUAAAACAUUGUCAUGUUUUAAAGCUCAGCCGGGAGUUUACAAGAAAAGAGCUACGAUCUUGGUGCGGAGAAGAUUUCUCUGGAGCUACCUGCAGCUUAUUUUCUGGGGGUGAUUCUUGAGUGCAUUUCACAAGAAAGCUUUUUUGGGACACUUCUGGAUUUCUGGUAACUUUCGGACGGACUGUGGCAGCUUUCUGUUUGGGAACAAAAGAAGGAGCGCGGUCCCCCCCCCCCAAUUUCUCUGAGGAUUUGAUGCUCUUUCCUGAGUCUUGGAGUGACAUGAUCCUCUGCGUUCAAGGAUCCUAUCCUUUGGUCUCAGAGGAGAAACUCCGAAGGCUACCCAUUGAAGGCCUUGCAGUGAAUGUGUCAGAACAGGUCAUGCAGCCUCUAUCAGUCACAUCCUUCCAAGAACAGUCUGCCCCUCCCUUGGUAAUGCCCAGACUUGAAACCAACUCACCUCAAACACGAGACCCAGAGGAGGAUCUGCUAUGCAUUGCCAGAACGUUUUCAUUUCUGAGAGAAUCUGGCUGGUAUUGGGGUUCUAUUACAGCCAAUGAAGCCAAGCAGCAACUCCAGAAGAUGCCAGAGGGGACUUUUCUGGUACGGGACAGUGCUCAUCCCAGCUACCUGUUCACGCUAUCCGUAAAGACCAAUAGAGGCCCUACCAAUGUACGCAUUGAAUACGCUGAUAGCAAGUUCCAGUUAGAUUCCAAUUGCCUCUCCAAACCUCGGGUUUUGGCCUUCCCAGAUGUGGUUAGUCUCAUCCAGCAUUAUGUUCUUUCUUGUACUGUGGAGAGCAAGAGUGAUGCUCCCUACCCGCCUCCCAUGCCUUUGCCUCUCCCACAAAAGGAGUUGAUAGCAACAGCAGUACAUCUGAAGCUCAUCCGGGCACUCAGCCGCAAGGACAUUGCCCCCAGCCUGCAGCACCUCUGCCGACUACAGAUCAAUCGAUGCACUGGAAAGACAGACCAAUUGCCUCUACCAAAGAGAAUGAAGGACUAUUUGAAGCAGUACCCUUUUCAACUUUAAAGGCAGCCAGUCUGAUUGGGACAAGCCACUGAAAUAAUGUUGAAAAACAUCAAAUUCUGGCAACAGAUUGACUUUGAUACAUUGAUGAGGUUAUGUACUUAAGUGGGCACAGUAUAUUAAAUUGCAAAAAGGAAGAGACUUUUUUUCCCACCAUCCUCUCCCUUAUUUUUCUCUGUUACUUAAAUUCAUUUUCAUGCCAUGGAGGAGGCAGUAUGCACAAGGUACACAAAUCCAAGGCCAAAAGCUCAAGAUGGCGUUUCUCUUCUUUCUCUGCAGAAAGGAACUAUUCUUGGCAUGUGCAGACUACUUGAAUUGGGCAGUCACAACUGCGCCAGGAAUGUUCAAGCCUCAGAACUGUAUUAUUUAUUCCCAUGGUACUCUUUUUUUUUUUGCUAUUUCUGAGAACAUAUAAAUUGAAUAUCUUUCUUUUACUUUUGCAAGCAAAUUAUUUAAAGAUGGACUCAAACCAUAACUACAUGAGACAGUCUUGUGUUAGUUCAUUAUGAACUUGAAUGAAGUCUUCUGGCCAUUGGCUACUCUAUAACCUGUCUUGUUGUAUUCAUACUCAGAUAUAAGAUAAAUAAUAUUGGAAGUGUAUAAAAGUUUGAUUCCAGUUACAAUCAACAUCCAGACUUCAGUUCCCAUUAGAUUGACAAAGAGAUAAACUUAUUCAAGUUUAUUGAGCUUGGAUUAGUAAACCCUCUUUUCUCUCCCUUUUUGAAGAGGCUCUUCCUAAUUUGAAUCAGUUAAAUCCAAAUGAUGAUUUGUUAAAAUUACAGUAUCUGUCUUAUGAAGCAUAAUGUCCUUGGAAAAAUGGCCACAUCCUGAAACUUCAUUUCUGUAGCAUUUUGUUUAUAUCUUUUGGAGGGAAAAUUCAGGAAACGGGGCGAUUUUUAUCCUAUUAUCACAUUGGUGUCAACUUGUUAGCUGCAUUAUUGUUAACCCGCAUUAUUGCUGUAUUAGCACAAAGGAGCUUCAGGGAGAACACAAUACUGAUACCUUAUUUACCACCAUUUUUCCUUGUGAGUACUUGCCUUCUUUGAUUCUGAUGCUUGUCCACAGGGCAGAGAAGAUAGCAGGAAUUAAGUGUCACUCCAGCUUCCAUCUUUUCCAGUUGCGCUGAUGCACCUUAUUUGUUAGGUCGGAAGUUAAGACACUACAGUUGCAUAAGGUUGUAUAAGGCUAAGAAAGCAUUAUUGGCAUUAAUUCUGCCUUCCAUUCCUUCCUCUGUCUUACAAUAACAGUAGCUGAGGGUGGAAAAUUUGUGUUGUCAAAAGACUGUCCUUCAUUAUAUGUGAAAUCCUCAGGAGAGUUAUACAUAUUUUCAUGGUUUUAUAGUUCAACAGUGAAUACCUCUGCUACAUGUGUGAGCUCCAGGAAGGGAUAAAAUUCUAGGGCAGUCUUUUCUAACCUGCCACUCUUCAAAUGUGGGACUACAACAUCCUGAAUUAUAAUUGGCCCUGCUGGUGGAGAAUUCUGGGUGGUGUAUUCCCAGCAUAUCUGACGCUGCCCUAGAUACAACUUGAAACAAAAGGAGCAGUAUGCUCCUUCAGCAAUCCAACGUGGCUUGGGAUAUUUAGUCAGUGUCCACUUCUUCUCAUGUUUUUUUCAGAAUUUGUUGUAUGUAUGAUUUUAUUUUAGAUACUUUGAUAACUGACUCUGUGUGUGUGUGUGAGAGAGAGAGAUGUCUGGUUGAUCACAAUGCUCUCCAUUUCUGGAACAAGGGCAAAUGAAUGGGAGAAUAUAUAUUAAAAACAAAACAAAAAAACAUAAUAAAUGAUACUUUUAAAUACUAAAAA